ACUUCUAGAGAUGGACUUGGGCAGGAGAAAGCCCCAACCCAACACACUCAUCCCUUGUUUCUCCCCAAACCAGGAUUUCCCAUUCCCAACCCUUGGCCAGAUGGAGGAGGAGGCUGUGAGGAAGAGGAAGAUGCCCCAGGACACCCAGGCAGACAAGGAGCUGAGCACGGAGCCCAGGGAGGACAAAUCCCCGCGGCAGAACCUGGUGGGAGAGGCCGUUUUGAGCGGCUCCACAGUGCAGGAAUGCAACGGGGAGGAAAAGCCCCGGAGAUCCCGCACGAGGAGGAGCUGCAAACGCAGCUCAGGGUGCUCUGAGGAGGAAAGACCCACCCUGUGCUGGGAAGGUGGCCGGAGAUGCAGCCAGAGGUCAGAGCCGGUGGUUCAUGAGCAGCUUCACAAUGGGGAGAAGCCGCACAAGUGUGGGGAAUGUGGGAAGAGCUUCAAACGGAGCUCCCACCUGAUUGACCACCAGAGGAUCCACACUGAGGAGAGGCCCUACGAGUGUGGGGAAUGUGGGAAGAGCUUCGGAGACCGCUCCAGCCUGAUCCGCCACCGGCGCAUCCACACAGGAGAGAGGCCCUACGAGUGUCCCGAGUGUGGGAAGAGGUUUCAGACCAGCUCAGAUCUCCUCCGGCACGAGCGGAUUCACUCAGAGGAGAGGCUCUUCCGCUGCCCCGACUGUGGGAAGGGCUUCAAGCAAAACUCCAGCCUCACCACCCACCGGCGCAUCCACACUGGGGAGAGGCCCUACGAUUGUCCCCAGUGUGGGAAGAGGUUUCAGACCAGCUCCCAUCUCCUCCGGCACCAGCGGAUUCACACGGAUGAGAGGCCCUUCCGCUGCCCCGACUGCAGGAAGGGCUUCAGGUACAACUCUGUCCUCGUCACCCACCAGCGCAUCCACACAGGGGAGAGGCCCUACGAGUGUCCCGAGUGUGGGAAGAGCUUCUCACAGAGCUCUAACUUGACCAGACACCAACGGAGGCACUGCUAAGGAAAGCCCUGCGAGUGCCCCAACUGUGGCAAGAGCUUUGUUCUCUGCUCCAACUCCAUCUCCCAUCAGAGGACCCACGUUUGGCAGAGCCCUGGUGACCCACAUUCCCUGUGAUCCGUGUUGGGAAGACCCCAGGCUGGUGCUGUCCACGUUCUCCUGGAUCCCUGUAGGCACCUGGGUGAACGCGGGGGCAGGAACAUCCAUCGGGACUCAGAUCAACAUUGGAAAUUCAUUGGGAAGAGCUGAUUUUUUAACUUCACACCCUAAAAUUUUCAUCUGCUCUGUCCAAUUGUUUCUUCUGGUGGUAUCAAGCAACCCUGGAUGAUCUUGGAGAUCUUCUGCAGUCUAAGUAAUUUCUGUGUUCAUCCCACUGAAACAACCAAAAGUGGAGUCAAAAUAAAGAAAUUAUACAAAGGCA